AUGAUAAUUUUGACCUGCCUCACUUUCAUUCUCUGCAUCACAUGGUUCUCCCAGCUCCUCCCAGACUUGACUAGCCACCCUCAGCAACACGGAAAGAAGCAGAAAGCGUGCCAACAAGUCCCCGCCCUCUUCCCAUCCUCACAAACCGAAAAGCUCAAACAAGCCUACGACUUCCUCUUCACAGAAACCUUCCAGAAUGCUUCAAUCUCUAGACUCUCAGGAGCCGUACAGAUAAAAACCGAAUCCUUCGACGAUCUAGGCAAAAUCGGGGAAGAUGCAAGAUGGGACGUCUUCUACCCUUUCCACAACUACCUCGCCAAAACCUUCCCUCUCAUCCACACGCAGCUCAAAGUCGAGAAGGUGAAUACGCACGGUCUGCUCUAUACGUGGACUGGGAGUGAUGAUGGGAAGAGGAAGCCGAUUGUUUUGAUGGCGCAUCAGGAUACUGUGCCUGUGGAUAUGGAUACGCUGGAUAGCUGGACACAUCCUCCUUGGUCGGGGUACUACGAUGGAGAGAAAAUCUGGGGGCGAGGAGCUUCCGAUUGCAAGAAUUCUUUGAUUGGGAUUUUGGAGACUUUGGAGGGACUGUUGGAGGCGGAGUUUCGGCCUAGUCGCACGGUUGUUUUGGCUUUUGGGUUUGAUGAGGAGUGUAGUGGGAGACAAGGUGCGGGUCAUCUUUCGGAGUUUCUUUUUGAAAGGUAUGGGGAGGAUGGGGUUGCGGCUAUUGUGGAUGAGGGGAUGGGGUGGCAGAUGGCUUUUGGGAGGGGGUAUGCGACUCCUGGGGUUGCUGAGAAGGGGUAUACGGAUGUGAGUAUUACGGUGAGAACGCCGGGCGGGCAUUCUUCUAUUCCGAGCGAUCACACGAGUAUUGGGAUAUUGGCGGAGAUCAUCACGUCCAUCGAGAGUCAGCAGUACCCGACUUUCCUAGCGAAAGAUAACCCAUUCUACGGUUUCCUCCAAUGCGGAGCCGAAUACUCUCCGGACUUCCCAAAGAAGUUGAAGAAACUCCUCGGUGAACGGUCUGAAGGCAAGGAGACCUGUGCCGCCAAACACAAAGACAAAAUUGCCCAGGAAGCCGCCAAGAUCAGCAAGGAGUCUCAAUAUCUAAUGCAGACCUCUCAAGCCGUGGACUUGAUCAAAGGCGGCACGAAAACCAACGCUCUUCCAGAAGCCGCCGUUGCAGUCGUAAAUCACCGCAUCAAUCUCGGUCAAGAACCUGAGGAUGUUUGGACACACAUCACCCACCUCGUCCAGCCCAUCGCCAAAAAAUACAACCUCACCCUCAACGCUUUCAACGGCCAAUCCGCCGGCUACAAAGCCAUCUCCCUCUCCACCUCCGACACAACCCUCCGCGUAGCACCCAUCACCCCCACCGCCAUCGACACCGUCAACCCCUUCUCCGUCCUUUCUGGCACUAUCCGCGCCCUCUACGGCGAAGACACUAUCGUUGCCCCCGCCCUCAUGACUGGCAACACCGACACGAGAUACUAUUGGAAUUUGACCAAGAAUAUUUUCCGUUUUGGACCGGGUUAUGUGAAGGAGGAGGAGACUGGGGUGGGGAAGAUUCAUACUGUUGAUGAGAGUGUUACGGUUAGUAAUCAUUUUAAGGUUGUUAGGUGGUAUCAUUUGUUUAUUAGGAAUUUUGAUGAGGCGGUUUUGGUGGAUGAUUGA